GUCGACCCCACAACCCCCCCUCUUCUCCCAAUCUGCAAUUCUCUCUCUCUCAGACUUUGUCUCUUUUAGGCCCACUGCCCAUCACUUUCACUCUUCAAAGACUGCCAUUUCUUCUCUCUCUCUCUCUCUCUUUGUUCUGUUACAGUAAUUCUUUGAAAGCAACGAAAACCCCAAAUUUUUGACAUUUUGACUCGCACAGAGCCACCGGUGCGUGUGCUUCUUUUUUCAAUCAAUGUCUUGUUGAAGGCGAAGAAGGUCGGCCAUAGAUGGCUUCCAGUGCUCACAGAAACGCCGCUCAAAGGGGCAACUUGAAGUUGGAUCGUCCACUGAACCUCAGAACGUCGUUUAAGUCCAGACUUCCUCAGCAAUCUUCUGGAUCCGCUAUUCGCCGGAGCAGCCCUGCAUCAUUUGGUACUGGAGGUUACAAGGAUGACGGAGUACCUGGAAGAGUUCGUGUGGCUGUAAGAUUGCGACCCCGAAAUGCGGAAGAGGUGGUAUCCGAUGCAGACUUCGCUGACUGUGUGGAAUUGCAGCCAGAGCUUAAACGGCUGAAACUUAGGAAAAAUAAUUGGGAUACGGACACCUAUGAAUUUGAUGAGGUUCUUACUGAAUCUGCAUCACAGAAACGUGUCUAUGAAGUUGUUGCUAAGCCUGUAGUGGAGAGCGUUCUGGAAGGUUACAAUGGGACUGUGAUGGCUUAUGGUCAAACAGGAACAGGAAAAACAUUUACACUUGGACAGCUAGGAGAGGAAGAUACAUCCGAUCGUGGAAUAAUGGUUCGAUCAAUGGAGGAUAUUUUAGCCGAUAUAUCUCCAGAUACAGAUUCUGUAUCAGUCUCGUAUCUGCAGCUUUAUAUGGAAAACAUUCAAGACCUUCUUGAUCCAACAAAUGAUAACAUCCACAUUGUGGAAGAUCCAAAAACCGGAGAUGUUUCACUCCCUGGGGCAACUCUUGUAGAAAUCAAGGACCAACAGACUUUUUUGGAGUUGCUAAAACUUGGGGAAACACAUCGAGUUGCUGCUAACACAAAGUUGAAUACCGAAUCUUCUCGUAGUCACGCCAUUCUAAUGGUACAUGUUAGGAAGUCUGUGGUGGGAAGUGAAGAUCAUCUAUCAGGUGAAAAUGGUGAAACCUCUCACUUGAUGAAACCUUAUAAGCCAAUGCUCCGGAAGAGCAAACUUGUUGUGGUAGAUUUGGCAGGUUCAGAGCGUAUCCACAAAUCAGGAAGUGAGGGGCAUAUGUUAGAGGAAGCUAAGUCUAUAAAUCUUUCUCUUAGUGCAUUAGGGAAAUGUAUAAAUGCUCUGGCAGAGAAUAGUGCUCAUAUUCCAAUCCGUGACUCCAAACUUACAAGAUUGCUUAGAGAUUCAUUUGGAGGCUCAGCAAGGACUUCACUAAUUGUUACUAUUGGCCCAUCUCCACGCCAUCGAGGGGAGACUGCAAGUACCAUAUUAUUUGGACAAAGGGCCAUGAAGGUGGAGAAUAUGUUAAAGAUAAAAGAGGAGUUUGAUUACAAAAGUUUGUCUAAAAGGCUUGAAGUACAACUGGACAGGCUUAUUGCUGAAAAUGAAAGACAGCAGAAAGCUUUUGAGGAAGAAAUUGAAAAAAUAAACUUAGAUGCAGAAAACCGAGUUUCUGAGGUUGAGCAGAACUUUGCAGAUGCACUAGAGAAGGAGAGGCAAAAAUGUCAGAUGGAUUAUAUGGAAGCAGUUAAGAAGUUGGAGGAGAAGUUGGUAUCAAAUCAGCAGAAGUGUGAUCAUGGUGGUGUGUUUGAUGUUAAAUGUAAUGGAGAGGGACCUGGGCAUUCUUUUCCUGAUGAUAUUGAUGAAGUAAAAAAGUUGCUCCAAAAUGAAAUUAAUUUAAGAAGGAUGGCUGAAGAGGAAGUGAGAAAUUUUAAAAAUCAACUAGGAGAAAAUACACAACCAGGGGCAGGUGGAGAUGCAGAGAUUUUCAAGCUUCGCAAAAUGCUGGAGGAGGAGGCACACCAGAAAAAGAAACUUGAAGAAGAAAUAAUAGUAUUACGCAGUCAGUUGUUGCAAUUAAGUUUUGAAGCUGAUCAGAUGAGAAAGUGUUUUGAUAGAGGUGGGUCCCAAAAUGGAGUAGAUGCAUCCAUGUCUCCAGUUAGGCAUUCCCAGCCAAAAGACAUUGGUAAUGGAUAUAAGGCACCUUUUUCAACACUGUUUGAACAAGUUGGAUUACACAAGAUAUUGUCAUUGCUUGAAUCGGAAGAUGCCAAUGUUCGUAUUCAUGCUGUAAAAGUGGUGGCCAACCUUGCAGCUGAAGAAACGAAUCAGCAAAGGAUUGUUGAAGCUGGCGGUCUUACUUCCUUGCUAAUGCUUCUUAGAAGCUUUGAGGAUGAAACUGUGCGUAGGGUGGCAGCUGGUGCAAUUGCCAAUCUUGCAAUGAACGAAGCAAAUCAAGAACUUAUAAUGGAUCAAGGUGGAAUUAGUCUGUUAUCAUUGACAGCUGCUGAUGCUGAGGAUCCUCAAACUCUCCGCAUGGUUGCCGGAGCUAUAGCUAAUCUGUGUGGCAAUGAUAAGCUGCAAGUGAAUUUGAGGACUGAAGGUGGUAUUAAAGCGUUACUAGGAAUUGUUAGAUGUGGGCAUCCUGAUGUUCUUUCCCAAGUAGCACGUGGAAUAGCCAACUUUGCAAAGUGCGAGUCACGAGCAUCUACUCAAGGAGUGAAAACUGGGAGAUCUCUUUUGAUAGAAGAUGGUGCACUUCCAUGGAUUGUACAAAACGCUAAUAAUGAGGCUGCUCCAAUCCGGCGUCAUAUUGAGCUUGCACUCUGCCACUUGGCUCAGCAUGAAGUGAAUGCAAAGGACAUGAUUAGUGGAGGUGCCCUCUGGGAACUGGUUCGUAUAUCACGUGACUGUUCAAGAGAGGACAUAAGGAGUCUUGCUCGUCGGACUUUGCACUCAAGCCCCACUUUCCGGUCUGAAAUGCGGCGGCUACGGAUAGAGUAUUGAUUAUCUCAUGGUGGGAUUCAUGGCGCAAGAACAUUCGACUAAAUGUUGUAUAGACUUGAUUCACGACUAUAUUAUAUCUCUCGCAAUUUUUGUGUAAAGAAAGCGAGACUUUAGUUUGUAAUUCAUAUUAGCUCAAUUGAGCAUUUAUUUGUUAUUGUAGCUCUUAAAAUAGUUAGCUGCCUGAUGGUUAGUUUUCCUUAAAACAGUUUUAAAGGUCGACGCGCCCCGUAUGGCGGCUUUUCUUCCAAUGUUGUAUCAAUUGAUUUUAUAAGCAAUGAAAUAGCCAUUAACCUA